CGAGGCGCUCUGGGUCUUAGACGCCUUGUACGACAACGGACGCUGCGCCAUGUCCGUGGGGGGCCGCCAUUACCCUGGGUUCAACAUGAGCUCGGGCAUCCGCCAAUUCUGCCCGCUGUCACCGCUGGUUUUCGCGACUGCGAUGGAUCUUCUGCUGCGCGUUCUAGCCCAACGUCUGGGGCCCGACGUGGCGAUCCGCGCUUUUGCCGACGACGUGGGUAUCGUUCUCACAGGCGUGGAGAAGCAGCUUCCAGUACUUGAGCAAGCUCUGCGCGAAUUCGGAGAUCUCUCCGGCAUGUCGGUAAACUUGCCAAAGACGGUGGGCAUCCCUCUGCGGGAGGAUUCGCUGGAGUCCGCAGCAGUAGCAGUGGCAGGCGCAUGCCCGGCUUGGGGGCAGCUUCCGCUGAAGCGGGCGGCGAUUUACUUGGGCUGCGCGGUCGGGCCAAGCAAGGAGGACCUGCUCUGGAGCUCUGCGGUGCGGAAGUUCCGCGAAAGGGUGGGCGGGUGGCCCUGGAACACUAUGGGCCUCCACUUCGCUACCGCCGCGUACAACACGCACGCGCUGCCCGUGCUCUCAUUCAUUGCGCAGGUGGCAAACCCAUCUGAAGAGGCAUUGGACGCAGAGGCAUGGGCCCUCAGGAGGGCAGCGCCAGGGCCCGGCAACUGGGCGACGCAGGAGGAUCUGUGGGGCCUCAAGGAGCACUACGGCAUGCCGCGUUCCUUCGGCUCCGUGGCGGCGAUGGCGCGCGCCUGCCAGAUGAGGGUCCUAUGCUUGGAGAACUCCGCCCACGGUGGAUUGCAGAUCGACGGCAUGGGUCUGCAGCUCCAGGACGCUCUGGGCCAGACAGACUUCCCCCAACGCCGUGGGCUAUGGGACAAAUGGUUCGUCGCAGCUAUCCCUUCGGCUCUGAUCCGGAAUGAGCACGCGCUCCGCCAACGUGGCAUUACGAGGGACAGCAUUGCCGCGGAGGCCCUCGGGGGUGGGAAGAGCUUCCAGGCGGCCGCCAGAGAACUCAUCGGGCGCAGUUAUAGGUCGCCAGCUCAUUUCCAGAUCCGGCACAAGCUGGACAGAUGGCUGCUGCCAGGCACGCCCAGGAAUGCCGCCACGCGUUUCGAACAGCGAAUGGGGCUGCUGAGGGGCCUGGUCCCCCCACGCGUCGUCGCAGCGGUGUUCAGCGCUGCGUGGAACCGAUGGUGCACUGAACGGAGAUUCCAACGUCGAGCGAAUGCCACCAAGCUCUGUCGAUUUGGCUGCGGCGGCGCAGCGGAGGACAGUAUCGAGCACUACGACCGUUGUUGUACUGUCCGCCACUUUCAUCGCACAUCACUUCGGUUGGAGGCGGAGUGGUUGCUGCCACACUGGUUGGGCGCGCGCGAUUUCCAGCUUCAGGAGAACACCUUGGUACUCGGAGCGCUUGGCGCCUAUGCUGUUUACCGCGCCUCCAACGUGGCCCGGGCCCACAGCGGGAUGCCAGCUGAAGCUGCUCUACGAGUUCUACAGCAGGCGCUGAGGGAGGCCGCGGCCGGACACCGCAGCGCAGAACGGACGCUGGCGGAGCUGUGGGCAUAAAGGCACCAGUGCGCCGACGCGGAGCAGCGCGACGCGGAGCAGCACCAGGACCACGGCAUCUCGGUAUGAGUGGCAUCUCCCUUCCCUUUCCUCCUUCCCCCCCUCCUCCCACUCCCCCGAGCGCCGCCUGCCGAGACGCCGGCCUGCCAAUGACGCCGCUGCCGACUUUUGGGGGCAUUUUUUUUGUUGCGAUCGCCAAGGGUGGCUUCGCGCGCUCGUCCUUCCUAUACGUCUUGGUCGGCACCGAGGCCGUCGCAGGCUGCGUCCAGACCGCGAUUUUGCACGUGACACGUUUGCCCGUCCUGGUCCCGCAUAGGCUCCGUAUCGGUGGUUGGCGGCCCUCCUGGCUCCAGUCCCAAGCCACCCCCUUGGGGGCCGCACUCCUUGGGGGCUGGGGGCCGCUCCUUCCCUUUCCCUCUUCUCCUCUGCCCCCCUCCCCC